AUGCUAGAACCGUUUUGUGCCAUCCUUGUGAGUGCUUCCUCUCCUGCCCAGGUGGCCACGCUUUGGUCCAUCCGCCAUACCAACCUGCAGCGGCUGCUGGGGUAUUGCUGGGAGAAGCGUGGCACUGCCGCUGACCUUGCCUCAUCUGCUACUGCCGCUGCUGCUCCUGCUGCUACUGCUGCUACUGCUGCUGCUGUUGCUGCUGCUGCUGCUGGUGCCGGUGCUGGUGCUGAUGGCGCUAAGAAUUUUCGUGCUGAUGCUUCUGCUGCUGCUGCUGGACAUGCAAUGGAGCAAGCAGAGGAGCAGGUGCUAGUGUUUGAGUGGGUGCCAGGAGGCAAUCUGCACAGCCGCCUUGUUGCAGACGGGUGUGCGCCUCUGUCAGUGUGGCAGUGCCUGGAUGUGACCGCGGGUGUGCUGCGGGGGCUGAAGCACAUCCAGAGCCAUGGGGUCGUGCAUGGCCGCAUACACCCACGCAACAUCCUGCUUGACUCUGCUCUGGAGCCUGUCUUGGCUGGUUGCAUGGCCGUGAAAAUGGGCGACCUGCUUCCAUCUAUCCCCACAGCACCAGCAGCAGCACCAGCACCAUCAGCAUCAGCAUCAGCAGCUGCAUCAGUCACACCAGCAGGGAGGGUGACACGGCCACCUGCCAACCAUGCAUACAUGGACCCAAUCCUGCAUGCCUCUGCUCGCACCACGCCCUCCACCGAUGUCUUCAGCAUUGGUGUGGUGAUGCUUCAGCUCAUCACCGGCCGGCCCGCACUGAUACCCACUUUUGCAGGCACCGACAACCGGCAAGGUAACAGCUCUGGCAGCGGGGGUGGCGCCAGUAGCAGCUACAGCGUCAGCAGCGUCAGCACAAACAGCUACAACAGCAGCAGCAGCGGCAGCAGUAUGAGCAGCGGCUUCAGUAGCAGCAGCUCAGUGCACAUUCGGGACUGG